AUGGUCCACUUCCGGACAGACAUCGGUGCGACGAACGAAGCGGCGGAUCCGAAUAACGAGAACUAUGCAAAAGAGCUCGAGACCGAUGUUGUGAUUGUAGGCGCCGGUUUCGGCGGCGUCUAUUUGAUGCACAAACUCCGCCAGCAGGGCUUCAAGUGCAAGAUUAUGGAGGCUGGUUCCAACAUUGGUGGUAUCUGGCACUGGAACUGCUAUCCCGGUGCUCGGGUCGAUUCCCAGGUCCCCAUCUACGAAUACAGUAUGCCCGAGAUCUGGAAGGACUGGAAUUGGUCUUGCAGAUACCCCGGUACGGAAGAGCUCCAACAGUAUUUCGACCACGUCGAGCGAAAGCUGGAUAUCAAGAAAGAUUGCGCAUUCAACACCAGAGUUGUCGAGGCUCAGUUCGACAAACCCUCCUCGAAAUGGGUCGUGAAGACCGAAGAUGGCCGGACAGCGCGCUGCAAAUAUUUCCUUUUGGCUCUGGGCUUCGCGGCGAAGCGUCAUUUCCCCGACUGGCCGGGAAUGGACAAGUUCGAGGGCGAGAUCCAUCACAGCUCAUUCUGGCCAGCAUCUGGAGUAGACGUCAAGGGAAAACGUGUUGCCGUCAUUGGCACUGGGUCGACAGGUGUUCAGAUUGCCCAGGAGACAUCGAAGACAGCCGCCAGUAUAACCCAAUUUGUUCGCACGCCCAACCUAUGCCUCCCAAUGCAACAGAAAGCUCUCACGAAGGAGGAACAGGACAGACGGAAGCAGGGCGAGUACCAGGAAAUCUUCAAGAAAAGAUUGACAACGUUCGCUGGCUUCCAGUACGACUACAUCGAGAAGAACACCUUCGAUGACUCACCCGAGGAGCGCGAGGCGUUCUACGAGAAGAUGUGGGAGAACGGUGGUUUCGAGUUCUGGCUGGCAAACUACAAGGAUCUGUUGUUCGACAACAAAGCCAACCGCGAAGCCUACAACUUCUGGGCGAAGAAGACGCGAGCCCGGAUAACGGAUCCUGAGAAGCGUGAAAUUCUUGCGCCUCUGGAGCCACCGCAUGCCUUUGGUACCAAGCGACCGAGUCUGGAGCAGAACUAUUACGAGAUGCUCGACAAGCCCGAGAACAAGGUCAUCGACGUGAACAAGAACCCGAUCAAGGAGGUUACUGAAAAGGGUAUUGUGCUGGCUGACGGUACUCUACACGAGUUCGACGUCAUCGCCCUUGCAACCGGCUUCGAUUCAGUGACAGGUGGUAUGAAGAACAUGGGACUGAAGGAUGUCGACGGUGUUGAGCUGUCAGAAAAGUGGAAGAAUGGUACCUACUCGUACCUGGGUAUGAGCCUGAGCGGUUUCCCCAACUGCUUCUUCCUCUACGGUGCUCAGGGGCCGACGGCGUUUUCUAACGGACCCACGUGCGUUGAGGUUCAGGGAGACUGGAUCGUCGAUGCCAUGGUCAAGCUUCGAGAGCAAGGCAUCAACUACUGUGAUGCCACACACGAAGCGGAGAAGGAGUGGCGGGAGAAGAUCACCGAGCUCUCGGACAAGACACUGUUCCCGCAGACCAAGUCAUGGUACAUGGGUGACAACGUGCCGGGCAAACUUCGAGAGCAGUUGAACUUCGCAGGCGGGUUCCCACUGUACAGCGAGAUGACGCGAAGUGCACUGGACAAGGGCUUCGAGGGCUUCAUUACUGCGUAG